UUCCAGAACACCAUGUCACUUCAUCGGUCUUUGGAAUUUAUUCUUGUGAGCUGUGUUUUAUUUUAUAACGUCCACGCUGGAGCAUAUUGUGGACCAAACAAAAUAUACGCAUGUGUACCUUCACAAUAUUGUUCAAAUCUUCACAUCACAAAAACGAAUCCCGCCGCCUAUUACAACGAACAGUGUUUUUCAUUCGAGUCAUGCUGCGAUAUGAACAAAAUCGUGUUUGGAAAGCGAUACAGUAGUGAUGGAAAAUAUGUUUCAGGUCCAUACGAUCAAAGUGCCAACACCAAUGAGCCACCGAAUAAUACUGACGGGAAAACAUCAUUAAUAAACAGUCAGACUCCAUAUAAUACAGGAGGAAAAACAUCUACAACAAAUAGUCAGACUACCUACAAUACAGGUGGAAAAACAACUACAACAAAUAGUCAGACUUAUUAUAAUACAGGAGGAAAAACAUUUAUACAAAACAGUCAGACUCCAAAUACUCCAGAUAGAACAAUUUUUACGACACAUAGUCAGACCCUCAACAAUAAAAAUGGAAAAACAACUAAUAUAGCAAAUACUUCUGGACAAACAUCUUUGAUUAAUAGCUACCUUCACAAUGGCCACUCUCACAAUCGCAAUAAUGCUGGAAAAACUAGCACAGGAAACUCUGGUACGGCAUAUAUCCAAAAUACGUACAAUCACGGAAAUUCUGGUCUUAUUCAUCAACAAAAUCUUAAAUAUGGUGGCAGUGGUGCAAAUUACAAUAUGGGAAAAACUCAUUCAACUGUAAAGCCUUCUACAAGUAAUAGUUAUAGUCCUAAUAAUUCAGGAAAGACUUUUACGAAUCAAAAUCUCGGUUCUAAAUCAUUAACUAACCUUAAUAUUAAUUUAAAUACACAAUUGGAUAAUCUACUUCAAUAACCGGGUAUAUAUUUAAUUAUAAAGCAUUUUUCGUCCUAUUAAAAAGGGAAUAAAUGUGAAACUCCGAUGUUUAAAAUAUAA